CUUUGAAGAUUGGCUAGAUCUUGACGGUUUAUAUGAACUACUAUUAUUGAAGUUGUUCAAUCCCGCCUCACACGCUAUUGAGAUAUGACAUAUUUCUGUUUCGAUGCCGCAACCAGACGACGCCUGAAACCGCUGUGUCCACCGUCUUUCUCCGCCCUUAGGCUACUCCGAUAACUCGAACCCACUUACUCUGUUGGUAUCCUGUGGGAUCUUCAGUCCCGCAUACCAUAUCGCAUCAUGGUUGGCGUUGCCGGUAGGAGUAAAGGAUGCAACACCUGCCGCAAACGGAGGGUAAAAUGCGAUGAAGCGAAGCCGAAAUGCCAUCGCUGUCUCAAGGCGGGCUUCGAAUGCUUAGGUUAUGAGAGAGCCACUCAAUGGAGACAUACUUCGGUGGCUCCCACUUCGAAAUCUCGGCCGCACUCGCCAGAGUUUAUGGAGCUCAUAUCUCCAACGCCUAUGGGUCUUGCACCUGCGCCAGAGCUUAGUCUAGUCGCCUUUGAGGGGGACAUGUGUACCGCCUACGUUUUUAAGAAUUUUGUUUGGAAGUCAUACGGAAGUCUUUGGCUCGAUCAUGCUGCUGAAGGAAAGCUCGAUACCCUCUCUCUCGAUGCCGUGAAAGCCCUAUCUCGAUUGAGCUUUGGGCUCGGAAAUAAGGUACAGGAUCUUCAGCAUAAGGGAGAAUCUCAGUACGGUAGAUGUCUAAGGGUUCUAGCGGAUGAGCUUGGCCGAGAUGAAGUCGCAGCUCAUGAUAGCCGAAGACUCAUAGUACCAAUACUCGUAUUAAUGAUGGUUUCGGCAAUCCAAGCCGAUAGAACUGCUGCAGGUUUCCACCUUAGAGCGAUCGAGAAAGUCCUGAUCCUGUGCGGUCCAGGAGCCUUUCAACAGCAACCCUUAAGAAACGCCUUUGAAGCAGCCAGAGCUACGUUGCUAGUUUCUUCGUUACUCUCUAGGCGACGGACAUUUCUUGAGAAUCCGUGUUGGCAUUUUGUACCAUAUGCGCUCGACUCGUCUACGAAGCCUCAGCAGUCACAACUACUUGAUAUUUUCGUCACAAUACCAGGAUUCCUAGAAGAGGAAAGCCGUAUCAAUGAUUCCAACUCUCAAUCCGACGAUGAAUCCAUCGGACUAUCCCUCAUAUUAGAUGAACAACUGGACCGACGAGCUGCUCUAGGCGGAUGUGUCGCCGCCCAACUUGAGAAGCUAUACCGCUGGCGUUGGAAUUGGCAACGGAAAUACAGCCAAUACGUUGCGAUAGGCAGAGACGAAUGGCAACGAGAUAGCCUUUCUCCGAAGUCCACAGAUUCUAUCGGCAGUUCUAGAGAAACCAGCCGCCUACGGUUCGAUCGCCCUAUACAUUCCAACGAUAUCAUGCUAUACAAUGCAGUAUUGAUGUGGUUAAUGACCCUCAUGUGGAAACUCCAACCAUUCCAAGCAGCAUCUCGUAUACAAUGUUGCGCCCGCCGUGCUGCCGCUUCAUCGGCCUCCCCACCAAACUCGCCAGGAUCCUCGCAAAGCGUCUCUUUCGAGCCUCUGUCCUGGCCAGGUGCUUUCCUUUCUAUCCGGGACCCCGCUUUGGAAAUAUGUCGCGCUUUCGAAUGGCAAUGCCGACAUUACGAACAACACACUGCCUUCAGCGAUCAGACUUGCCUAUUAUUGCUUCCACUAGGCAUGGCUCGUUGCGCAUUCGAUGGCGACUCAGAGUAUCAAGACUGGAUCGACAACAUGCUGGAUUCGAAUCCGGUCACAGCUGGCUAUGGCCGUGGUGGCGGAAGCGUAGUUGGCUUCGGCUCCUAUAUAACCCCACGUGCCCUUGACCCGAAUGCCCGUGUUCCAGACGACAAUUUCUAAAUAACAUAAAUGGAGGUACCCGACUAUAUGCCAUGCUUCCUUUUAUGUCCACGACGGAUUCAUGAUACUUUAUAUUAUGACUGGAUGAUACCAACAUUUAUAUUUAUACCAUAGGUGGCUUGCCUUGCAUGGGUACUAGGAGCACAUGGCGUGCACCCUGAUGUUCAUUUCUAGAAGGUA